ACACAGAAUGUCCAGGAACAACAUCAAACAAGUGUGGGCUCUGCUCCUGGUGUUGGUGUGUGUGGAGCUGUGUGGCAGUGGCAGGGCGAGCGCGGCGCCUAUCUGUGUCCACGGCCAAGCGGGGUGCCACUUCCUCUCCCUGGCAGACCUCUUUGACCGGGUCAUCCAGCACAGUGCCAGGAUGCACAGCAUCUCCAGUGACCUGCACUCUGAAUUCGAGCAAUAUGUUCUGCCAAGCAGAAAUCAUAUUGGCAGGAUAAACCGCCACUGCCAUACAGCCACCAUACUAACCCCUAAUGGCAAAGAGAACGCGCAGAGACUGGCUAGAGAAGAGUUAACAGAGGUGAUUCUGAAGCUGUUGGUAGCAUGGAAGGAUCCUCUGUGGCAGUUCCACCAGAACAUGGUUCACCAGGAUGACUUCAACAACUUCAGCUCCAACAAAGCACUGGAGAUGAGCUACAUGGUGCACGAGCUCCGCAAGGGAGUCGAGAAGGUGGCUGAUAGGAUGCAGCACCUGGGGAUGAUCAGUAACUCCCUGAGUGGCCUGUCCUCCCCUGAGGCCUUGGACCCCUCGUCAGACACCAGCGGAGAAUCCCAGGCCAUGAGCGACCACGACCUACUCUACUGCUUCAGACGGGACUCCAACAAGGUCCAGAACUACCUGAAGAUCCUCAAAUGCAGGAUCGUACCUGAGAACGGAUGCUGAGAUGUUAAGACAAGACAAGAGGCGUGACUUUCACAAGCUACCGUGUCAAUCAAGGAAAUGGGACAUCAUCAUCAUCAUCAAUAGACAUGAUGAUAAGACCGAGACAAGAGACUGGGACUGUGGCACUUUACUCCUCCUGACAAGUCCAACAAUGACUUCCACCAGCGACAAUCUCUUAAUGUCUUCUAUGUACUGUAUGUAUUUCAUGACACAGAGAAAUAUAGUACAGAUGUAAGAUCUUAAUCUGAUCACCCUGUUGAAGGAGAAUUUUCCUGCAAUGCAGCCAAUUUUAAACAUGUAGUGUAUUUGAGGUUUCAAAAAGGCUUCUGAAGUUCAUAAUUUCCACUUUGAAAUUUCAUACUUGAUUUUCCCUUACGAAAAAUGUGUCAACCCCUACAAAAAUUAUCAUUAAUUAUAAUCCACAUUUCCUGUUGCUGCAGGAUUAUUUUCCUGCUGUAGAAGACUGGCUCAAAUGAAAUCCUACACCUGUAUGUAACUUAUCUUGAUGAUGAAAACUUGAAUUUUCUCUCAGAGUUUGGGGGGCAGAGCCACUGGAGUAGAAUAUCAUAAAUACUGCCAUGACCAUAUUACCUUUAGGUUUAGAGUACAUGCAUGUUUCAUAUAAUGAAUCCAUUUAAUGUUUUAAAUGUACAUUUUCAAGAGGGAGAAGGGCUGUAACUCAGAAAGAAAUUGAUGGAAAUUAACAAAUAUGUUGUUUAUUUUUUAUUCCUAAGACCAACUAGACAUGAAAUGUUCUUUAAAAUAAAUAAA